AUGUCGUCUGCAGUAGCGGAGCUGGACUCCAUUCUCCAGUCCAUGCUCAAUCUCAAACCUCCAGGAGUGUCUGGUUCCAAGAUCACGGCGAUCACCUCACUGUGUACGGCCAACAUCCAAUCUGAGUCCGUCCUCAUCCAAAAGAUCUACACACACUUCAAAAAGACGCCGGGAACACACAAAUUGGGAGUACUAUAUGUUGUAGAUUCGGUAACACGACAAUGGGUAGAUCAAGCCAGAAAGACAGGCCAACAACUGGGUAGCGGAGCUCCCGAUGGGACCUUUGCUGCUGGUGUGACUCGAGUAACUGAAUUACUUCCCGUGCUCAUGAACGACAUCACCGCAACAGCCCCAGAAGAUCAAAAGGUCAAAAUAAAGAAACUCCUUGAGAUCUGGGAGCGUUCCAACACUUUUCCGGCGCCUUUGCUUGCAUCACUCAAAGAAAAGCUUGAUGCCCCAGCCGUCAAACCAUCAACGACCCCGGAAGGAUCGCCUGCCCCCGGUUUCGUUCCCCUCGGUCAACAAGGAGCAUCUAACAGUAUGAACACAGCCGCCCCUCAACAAGAUACGUCUGCCAUCCUCGAGGCUCUGAAGAAUAUGGCAAAGCAGAAUGCUGCAUCACAGCCACCGGCCACCGCCCCCGCGCAAGCUAGUUUGAAUAAUCUAUUAGGCACGCAAAAUGGGACCCUUCAGACGAACAGUACCGUAAACCCAGGCCCUGCUCCUGCUGCCGCCAGUGGGCAGGCUGUAAACCCGCUGGGAGCUCUUUUUGCUGGAUUGAGUAAUGGUGCACAAAGUCAAAGUCCCGCGAAUGUUCCUCAGAACCCUCUUGCCACUUUUCUUGCUCAGCCACAAGCUCCUGUUGCGGUUCCGCAGCAUCCUGCUCCUAUAAGUCAAGAUGCUCAAGCGCAAGCUCAAUUUCAACUUUUGCAGCUCUUGGCUGCUCAAGGCGUUCCUCCCGAUCAAUGGGCCACUGCUCUUCAAUUGUUGAAUAUGCAAGGUGCCAAUGCUGGCGGCGUGAAUGGCUUACCGUUUCCGCCUCCAAUGUCAUCCAACAAUUGGGUCGGUCAGGCUCAGCCCGCCGGGCAAUCACGUGACGCCCUCACCCGCUCUCCUCCCAGUCAGUAUCGACGACGAUCUCGCUCGCCUGGCUACGAUAGACGACGAGAUUUGUCUCCCCGACGCCGUCGGGAUAGUCCAGGACCAGAUCAGUAUCGUAAUGAUCGCGAUGGUCGUGAUGGCCGACGCGGCAAUGACUAUCGUCAACGAAGCCCUGGUAGGGGACGACGCCGCUCUCCCACACCUCCCAGUGAUACCAAACUCCCACCGCCAGGCCCGAAGAAUGUAUCAUGGGAUCCCUCGCUACCGAAGGGUCACAUCAAAGUGUUCAGUCGGACCUUGUUUGUGGGUGGUGUCACUUCUAACGAAGCUCACUUGCGAUCACUAUUCAAUAAGUACGGAGUGGUUCAAACAUGCAUUGUCAAUGUCGAUAAACGCCACGCUUUCGUCAAAAUGAUCAAUCGCCGAGAUGCCGAGAAUGCCCGUGACGGGAUGGAAGACUACAAAUCCGGAGACACACAACUACGAACCAAAUGGGGUGUCGGCUUUGGACCACGUGACUGCAGUGACUACCAAACCGGUAUUAGCAUCAUUCCUAUUGAUCGAUUGACGGAUGCCGACCGCAAGUGGCUGCUCACAGCCGAGUAUGGUGGUACGGGUGGUUUGGCGAUUGCGCAGGGAAUGGUUGUAGAAGAGCCGGAUAUUGAAAUCGGUGCUGGGGUUUCCUCCAAAGCUAUGAGUCGGCGUAUUGCGACCGAUCAAGGUGGACGACGUGGACCCCAGUCUUCUCGCCAGAAUGUUGGACGUGACGAUAGACACCGAGACGACGAUCGCCGAAUGGACCGAAAUGACCGGCAGGUUUCGAGCAAUACAAGUGACAAUAAUGGUGCGAUGCCUGCCAUGCCCUUUCCGAUGAACUUUGGAAAUAUGCCCAACGGGAUGCCUAUGCUUCCGCCGGGUUUCCCGUUCGCUCCAUUCCAGCAACAGAACAAACAGGACUAA